CGAAGCAGUAGUUGAAAUUUAGCUCAGUAUCCGUCACUGUGUGUCUGCGAUGGGGGUUUUGCAGAGGUUUUAGGGUUUGGAAACGAAACACAGAGACUGAGAGAAAAGAAAAUGUCAGCUUCGAUCGCUGGAAGAUCGACAAUCCUGCGUGCGUUUUGCAGAGCCACGACAACAAGAAGAGCAAGAAUUUCAGCAACGCCAUGCCCUUCGAUUCAGUCCAAUUUCAUGCCUCGUCGCUCUCCUUCUUCAAGGCUGUUGCGACGAGAAUUGAGCUCUCUUCAACCCCUCCACAGCGCCAUUGCUUCUGCUUGCCUUAUCUCCAAGCUCCCUGCCCUAGCCACCUCCUCCGAAGGUAGAUUUGUGAAUUAUCUCAGUCCUAUCUAGGAGUGAAUACUAGCAGAGAUCCAGAGUUCUUCCUUUGCUCUUGAAUUUGCUGAUAAGUUUCUUUCGGAAGUCAGAAUGCUUGUCUUUAAUGUUAACUGCUGAAACAUGUUUGUUUUGAAUUAAAUAGCAAUCUUUGGCAUCUCAUGAAAUACUUCUACGUUGUUACAUGAUUAGUUCAAUUUAACAGUCAUGAGUGAGAUGAUGUAAUUUCACAUUAAAUAAUUUGUAGUAAUGUCAUGUUAGUUCAAUUUCACAUGACAUCUCCUGAAAUCUUCAACUUUGAAGACAUGUCACAUUGGAUAUUUGUAUCGAAGUAGUGAAUAAAAGAUGAGAUCAGAUGCGUGACAAUGGACAGUUUCUUUUUGGGAAAA